UCAUCCACAUUCUUGUCUUCCUCAGAACUGGAUUUGAACCCCCUGGCUUACAGAGCCCUAAUCGGAAUCAACGGAGUACUCGCGCCUAAUCUGGCCCAGAGCGUCCAGCUACAGCUCAUUCAGAACAACGCGGUUAUUUCCCCUUCCGAGUACUUCCUGACGGAAGAUAACUUUGAUGGGAUUAACGUUCGCCUCAAGAAAGAGCUGGACCGAGACGGGCCUACCUCAAGUACUCAGGACGACUUUGUGUCGGUCACGUAUGGUUUGAUCUGUACUGACACCAACGGUGUGCAGACCACAUAUCAGUUGACAAUCUUCCUGGAUGACAUAAACGAUAAUGCUCCGAUAUUCGUCAACACACCGAUUAUAUUCAGUGCCCCGGAAGGACAAACUGACGUAAUUGUUGGGACUGUGUCGGCUGUGGAUGCUGAUCAAGCUGGAAACCCUAACUCACAAGUCACCUACUUUCUGGACUCAUUGAGUGAUUCUGAUACCUUUGUGGUGAACCUCCAGUCCGGCGUGAUCACGGCGAGGGUUCCACUAGACUACGAGCAGCAGAGACAGUACCUGAUCCCCGUUGUGGCUCGUGACACCGCCAGGAACAGACUCAGCAGCACCGCCACCGUCACCGUCAACGUCCUGGAUAUUCAGGAUAACGUCCCUUUGUUUGUCCGGACUAAUUAUGUUGAGACUGUUCCAGAAAAUGAAGCCAACAUCUUGGUGGCAACUGUUCAGGCCACUGACGCUGACUCUGUGCCAAAUAUUGAGUACAUUCUCUCUGGGUUUGAGGCUCAGCCUUUUGAGGUCACACCGAAUGGUCAGAUAUUUACGACAGCCAACCUGGACUACGAGGCAGACACAGAGUAUGUCUUCUUUGUCACUACGGUCGACGGUCAGAGAUCUUCGCUGGCGUCUGCGUCUGCUACAAUUACUGUCAGUGUGUUGGUAAGUCCAAUGUUUGUUACCGUACUCCUUUUUAAAAAAAUGGUCCUACACUGUAGAAUAAGUGCUCACCUUGUGUUCCAGGGUUCUUUUGAUUCUGAACUUUUUUAUCUUUUUUUGUCUUUUCAGGAUCGUCAUGACAAUAAUUCACCAAACAUUAUCUUGAGUAGGUCUGAUUUUCUCUUUUGUUUGUCUUUUCAGGAUCGUAAUGACAAUGCACCAGACCUUAUCUUGAGUAGGACUGAAAUAACCUUGGAGGAAACGGCCCCUGUAGGCUCAACCUUGGCUGUGGCAGACGCUACCGACGGGGACCCACCCAACACUUUGAACAGCCGCAUUGCGUUCAAUAUUGUGAAUGUGAGCCCACAGUCAGGCAAUGAACUCUACAUUGUGGAUCCCAACGGGGGAGAAAUUUUCCUGGUGAAGCCUUUCUCGACUGAUACCUCGAAAGCAGAAAGAUAUGAGGUCACCAUCGCGGCCACAGACUUUGGCACCCCACCCUUGUCAGGGACUGCUGUAUUGGUCAUUAACGUGCUGAGAAAUCAGCAGCUACCUUUCUUCCCUCUGCAAGACUACUCGGCGACGAUUCCUCAAACACUGAGCAUCGAUUCCUUUGUUGUUGAGGUUGAAGCUACUGACCUUGACACACAGCCUCCUUACAACCAGCUCCAGUAUGAAAUGAUCGGGGACGGAAUAGCGCCCAACUUUUUCAAGCUGACCAACUCCUUGACCCCGGUCGUCGUUGUCUCCCGAGCUCUGACCUCAGACGAUGAUCUCACAUAUACUGUUCGCAUCGUGGCCACAGAUGGCGGUGGAGCGUCGGCGACUGCGACAGCUUUGAUCACCGUCAAUCGUAACUUGAACGACCCUGUGUUCAUCGCACAGAAUCAAACCGUCAACGUGGUGGAAAACUUUCCCCUUGCUAUUUCAAUCGCUUCAGCACCUGCGAGAGACUUAGACAUUUUGGCUCCCCACAACCAAAUUGACUACACCAUCACAGGCGACAUUUUGUCCCUCUUCUACUUCUCCGUCGACGACUCUGGCGUCAUCACUCUGAAAAGGUCCCUGACCGACUCGACUGCAAACCAGUUUGUCAUCUCUAUCCAGGCAGAAGACAGAGGCAUCCCUACGACAAGAACGUCCCCGACAAAUGCUUUCGUAUUUGUGAAUGUUCAGAGGAAUGACUUCCAGCCCAUAUUUUUCAACGCUUCGUACGAGACAACUAUCCCUGAGACCGUGGGCACAGAUUUCACUGUGAUCAACGUCUUGGCCAGUGAUAGUGACGUCAAUAGCGAGUUUAACCAGAUCCGGUACAAAGCGAUUGGAGAUGACACUGCUACCGACUUUUUUGCGGUCAACCCAGUGAGUGGUACCAUCACCACAAGGCAGUCUCUCGUUUUGGAAAAUUUUGAUUAUUACAACUUGAGAGUGGUGGCGGCGGACAAUGGUUCCCCGGCCAGGAGUGCCACUGUGGUGGUAAGGAUCAACAUCCUGAGGAACUUCUUCGCCCCGGUGUUUGUGGGUGACCCAUACUUUGGCAAUGUGCAGGAGACACAGCCUUUUGGCAUCGACAUCGUGGGCGUCUCUGCCACAGACGCGGACAAUCAGGCCCCACACAACACGGUGUAUUACGUCCUGACCGGCGACACUAAAGCGCUGGAGUUUUUCCAAGUGAACGAGGUCACAGGGCAAGUGAGUGUGAAGAAGGCCCUCACCACUGAUGUGGACAAGACAAGCCCCUAUCGGCUUCUUGUCGAGGCGAGAGACCGCGGCACGCCACAGCUCGUCUCCGAUUCAACGGCUCUGGUGCUCAUCAAUGUUGUGAGGAAUCAGAAUGCUCCGGAGUUCAUCAAUCUGCCGUACGUGAGGAGCAUCUCUGAGUCUGUGCAGCCGGGAGACUCCAUCUUCGAGGUCACGGCCACUGACGCAGAUUCUCAGAUUUUGGUGCAGGCUCUGGACAGUGGUGUUCCCCCCUUGUCUGACUUGGCCACGGUGACCAUUGUGGUCAACCGGAAUCUUAACACUCCUGUGUUUGUAAGUACCGUAUAUAACGUGGUGAUUCUGGAGACCCAGGCACUCGGUGACACCAUCGAGACCGUGCGGGCGACGGACGCUGAUAUUGUGUCCCCGAACAACGUGGUCAGCUACAAGGGUGUGGGCACACAGAUAGCCCUCCAGUACUUCUUCAUCAACAGCGUCACUGGCGCGGUGUCUGUGAGGUCUCCCCUCACCCAGGAUAACAACAUUCAGUACCAGCUGACCGUUCAAGCCGUAGAUCAGGGCGUCCCCGCUCCUCUGAUCGCCUCGCCUUCCGCCCAGGUCAACAUCACAGUCAUCAGGAACCAGUUCUCCCCGGUGUUCCAGAACACUCCGUACCAGAGGACCGUCCUCCAGGGCAGCAACGUGGGGACCAGCGUCUUCCAAGUGACCGCAACGGACGACGACUUGAGGGAACCCUACAACAGAGUGACCUACAGCAUCGUGACUGAUGAGACGGGCUCGAACUUCUUCUCCAUCAACCCAGACACUGGCGUCAUCUUCCUGCAGGCCAGCAUCUUCAACGACGUCUCUUCCUCAUACAGAGUUUUCGUGCAGGCAGCAGAUGGAGGCAAUCCUGUGCGCUCGUCUUAUGCUGUUGUCACGUUGGAUGUCAACAGAAAUCUGGCAACUCCAUUCUGGGUCAGUCCGUCUGCACCGUCGUUUACAGACUCCGUCACCGUUUUGGAAACAAUCGACUUCUCCAGACUUAUCUACGUGGCAUCUGCCAGUGAUACCGAUGUAGUGGUAAGGAAGUUUUACUUACUGGGUUCACAUUCUGUGAUGUCAAGGGACAUGACUUUUAUCUUUACUUUGUCUGAUGAUGGAGACAUUCAGCCGGGCUACACUGACAUGAAUCCUUAUGAAGAGGGAUUGACUGUUUGUAUAAAUCUGAUUGUACGCUUUGUAUUGGAUAAUUAUAAUGUGAUCAAAACACGUCCAUUUCAGGCUCCGUACAACCAAGUGUCUUACAGUAUCGUGGGAGAAGGGAAGAGCCCGAACUACUUCACCAUCGACUCGGACAGCGGUCAGAUCAGGCUGAGGUCUUCUCUGCUCCAGGACACUGACGUCAAUUACUCCAUACUGAUCAGAGUGGAGGACAAGGGAGCCAACGUCGCUGCGCAAACUGCCACCGUGAUCGUCAACGUUUUGAGAAACUUGAACACCCCUCAGUUUCUGUCUGUGCCGUACGCAAGGACCGUCCAGGAGAACUUUCCUGAUGGCACGUCCAUCUUCAGAGCCACCGCAGUGGACGCCGACCAACAGGUCAGUUUACUCUUGUUUAUAAAAAAAUAUUUUCCUCAAUCCACCAUUUGCGUGGCCUACCGCCUCCUUUAUAGCCUGAGUACUUGGUGUUAUAGGUUAAGCUUAUGUUUUCAAAAAAUCAUGCAUUUUUCUUCUCAGGGCACAUUUGAGCAAGUGAGCUAUGAGAUCAUCGGAGAUGAGGCAGCUCCCGUGUUUUUCGACAUCGAGCCCGGCACCGGUAUAGUCCGAGUACGACAGUCUCUUGCUUCAGCCUCAGACAGUGUCUACGUGAGGAUUCGUGCCUUUGACAACGGUCAGCCAGUCCCCCGCACCAACACCACCGUCCUUGUUGUGUCCAUCCUGCGGAACCUGAACCGGCCCCUCAUCGCCCCGCUGCUCUACCAAGAGACCAUCCCAGACAGCACGCCACUGGGCACCAACAUCACCACCAUCUUUGCCUCUGAUGCUGAUGUAGCUCCUCCUCAUAACUUGAUUCGCUUCUCGGCACGAGGAAGCACAGCUGCAGCGACAGACUUCUUCUUUGUGGACUCAGUGACGGGAGCGGUGUUUGUGAAACAAGGGCUCACCCUGGACAACAACCAGAACUCUUUCUACGAGUUGUUUGUCACUGCCACGGACUUGGGAAGCCCUCCGCUGAGUUCUCCUGAGGAAGCCACCGUGCAAAUCACCGUGACCCGGAAUCGCAACACACCGCAGUUCUUCAAUACGCCGUUCAUUACCACCAUCCCAGAGACAGAGACUCCCGGAAACACCAUCUUCCAAGUGGAUGUCAUUGAUGCGGAUGUAGUGGUUCCAUUUAACCAAGUGACUCUCACAGCCAUCGGAGACGACAGCGCCAGAAAUUACUUUUCCAUCAACAACGCCGGAGAAGUGCAGGUCAUCAGUGAUCUCAGAUCGGACACUUUGUCGUCUUACACUCUGCGUUUGGAGGCCAAAGACGGAGGCAGUCCAGCUGCGAGUGCCACAGCACUGGUCACCAUCAACGUGCUGAGAAAUCUCUUCGCACCAGAAUUCGUCAACACGUCCUACACGGCAAGAAUCUUUGAGACACAGGGUCUGGGUUCGGCCAUCCUUAGAGUGCAGGCUUUUGACCAGGACACAAGGUCGCCCCAGAAUAUCACAAGGUACAGUAUUCUGGACGACGGUCUCAACAAUCAAGGUGAAGAAUAUUUCUUCGUGGACUCUGUCAGUGGCAGCGUGUUCCUCCGCUCCUCUCUGCUCAACGACCCUGUGAAGAGAACCGUGUACACGUUCAACGUGUUGGCCACAGAUCUUGGCACGCCGCCUCGCUCGUCUCAGUCUGUGGCACGCGUCACGAUCAACGUGAUCCGCAACCAGAACCCUCCCCAGUUCACGAACGAGCCUUAUGGAAGAAACGUGAACCAAACUCUAGCCAUUGGCAGUUCUGUCUUCCAGGUCUCGACUGUUGAUGCAGACAACUCGGCCCCAUACAAUGUGGUCAACUAUGACCUGAUCGGCGACGGAGAUUCCCAGCUGUUCUUCGGCAUCAACUCAGUGUCGGGUCUGAUCAGUCUGUCUCAGAGUAUUGUCUCGCAAAGACAGGAGGUCUACUCGCUUCGUGUGCGUGCCAGGGAUGGAGGUAGUCCCCGGCUCUCCUCCACCGCAGUGGUCACUGUCACGGUCAAUCGUAACCUCAACACCCCCGUGUUUGGCCGAGUGUCGUACGAGACCACCAUAAGGGAGACUCAAGCGCCUGGAACAGUUGUGCAGUUCGGAAUACCAAUUACGGCCUCCGACAAUGAUUUGCAGGUUUCUUGCAUGCUGUUUGAUUCCCGAAGUACAGAGAUUGUUUCUGCUUGUUCUAGAGCUCCAUUCAAUUCCAUUGAGUAUUUCUUCGUGAGCUCGAUCGACGCUGAUCGUUUCUUCAUCGAUCCUGAUCUAGGACAGAUCUUUGUCCGAAGGAACUUGGUUGGGGAAGCUGCAAACCAGUACAAUCUGACUGUGGCUGCGAGGGACCGAGCGACCCCGUCACUGACCAGUCAGAGCAUCCCAGUGAUCAUCAACGUGGUGCGCAACAACAACCCGCCCGUGUUCAUCAACGAGCCUUACACGGCCACCCUGCAGUCAAGCCUGAACUUUGGCAGUCAGGUCACCAUUGUGACUGCCACUGAUGCUGAUGCCACUGCUCCAUUUGGAGAAGUGUCGUACUCCAUCAUCGGUGAUGAUUCUGCCGUAACUUUCUUCUCCAUCAACUCAGUGACCGGACGGAUCACUGUGGCUCAAGGCUUCGGCUCCGACAGCUCGGCCGAGUACCGGAUCCGAGUGUUGGCCCAGGACGGAGGCGCGCCCAGUAAGUCGGACACGACGGUGGUGGUUGUGAGCGUGACCCGUAACUUGUUCCCGCCGGAGUUUCAGCAGACGCAGCUGUCUGCCUCCAUCACGGAGAACCAGGCCAUCGGCGACCCGUUCACCGCUGUCUCGUGUGGCGACAGGGACGUUGCUGUGAGUUGUUGUACUCUUUGGUAUAGAAUUGAGAAACCUCCCAACAACGAGGUGGAGUACCUCCUGUCAGGCACGGACAAAGUCCUGCAGUUCUUCCAGGUCGGUCGCUCAUCCGGUCAGCUGUCGCUUCUACAGCCCCUCUACCUGGAUGCUGAUGACACGCUGGGAUACACGCUGGUUGUCACAUGCAGAGACCUGGGCAACCCCCCUCUGACAGCCGGGAACACGGCCACUGUGACCGUUGGUGUGUCGAGGAACCUGAACGCGCCCGAGUUUCUGAACACGCCGUACAACCGGACAAUCAGCAGCAACACGGGAAGUGGGACCAGCAUCUUUCAGGUCUCCGUCUUGGACCGGGAUAGCGUGUCUCCGUACAACCAAGUUUCUCUGCAAGUGAUUGGUGAUGACAGCGCUCCUACGUUCUUUACCCUGGGGAAUGACCGCAUCAUUCGCGUGUCAAAUGUGGCCGAUCUCAAUGCCAACACGCUCUCUUUCUACCGGCUUCGUAUCGUCGCCCGUGAUGGAGGUACCCCAACUUUGUCCGCUCAGACCACGGUGGACAUCAAUGUCCGCAGGAACCUGUUCACCCCUCGCUUCACAACGGAUCUGGUUAUCCGUCUGAACAUCGCGGAGACCACAGCUAUCGGCACAUCCAUCACACAAGUGCAAGCCACAGAUGACGAUGAAUUUAGCCCCAACAAUGAGGUGAACUACGCUGCCGUGGGAGACGGUGACGCCCCGGACUACUUCUUUGUGAACCCACUGACAGGAGAGAUCACUCUGCUCCAACCCAUCCUGAGCAUUCCUUUCAGCGGCUUUGUGCUGCGUGUGGAGGCGCGAGACAAGGGCACCCCGAGUCUGUUCGCGCUGGCCACAGUUGAGAUCGGCAUCCUGGACUCGGAGACCCUCCAGUUUGUGCAGCAGAACUACGCCACAAGCAUCUCAGAGAACCUGGGUGUGGGGCAGGGAGUGAUACGGGUGGUGGCUCAGCCGGGGAAAUGUUGUAAGUUUAUAAGUUUAACUUUAACUUAUUUCUUCCUCCUAUCCUCUCAGCCUGAUGUGACCUACAAACUGACCGGUCUGAGCGAUGGUCCCGACUACUUCAACAUCAGCGAGACCACCGGGAACAUCUUUGUCCGCACCGACCUCAGAACUGACCUCAACAGGAAGGCUUUUUAUCUGGUGAGCAAAGAUUUCGUCGCCCUCGAGUACAACAACAUUGUAUCCCACAAAAACAAAAUUUUACAGGAGAAGGAAACAAGUUUGUCAAUUCAUCGAACAAAGUUGGUUAUUCUCUGUGUCAUGGAUUGUUUCUCUCAGCUGCGUGUGGAAGCGUCAAAAUUGUUCUCCACUGGCCUCAAAACGGCGGUGUCACAAGUGAACAUCACCGUGAUCCGCAACGAGAACCCGCCCGUGUUCAACCCAGACUUUUACGUCACAGAAGUGGCAGAGUCACUCAGUCUAGGCUCAGCGGUCGUCCAGUUAACUGCUACUGACCGGGAUGUGCAGGAUGACCUUCAGUAUGAGCUGGUGGAGGAGGCCGGAGUGACCGACUUUUUCUACCUGGCUCCGAACACGGGACUCAUCUCUCUCAAACGGCUGUUGGAAGGACAGACAACUCCGCAGUAUGAGUUCCAAGUGAGGGUGACAGAUUCGUUUGUGAACCCCAAGUUUGACCUGGCUAACGUGCGGGUCAAUGUGAGGCGGGACGUAUUCGCCCCAGUUUUCGUCAACACCCCUUACUCGACAGGCGUGGCUUACAACACACCCGUUGGUACAAGUAUCUACCGAGCCACAGCUCAGGACCAAGAUCUGGAGGGCUUCAUCAUUUAUGAAAUCAUCGGCUACUUCGCUGCCCCCGGAUACUUCAACAUCAACCCCAGCACUGGCGACAUCACGGUCAGAGCUCUCCUCAACAACGAUGUCUCAACCAACUACCUUCUUGGCCUGAGAGCGUACGACAGUGAGAGGCCCGGUCAGGUCGCUACAACUAAUGUGACCAUCCUGGUCAACCGAAACCCGACGGCACCGGUCAUCACCAACCUGCUGGACAGCCGGAGGAUCCCGGAGACGUUCACGCUGGGCAUUGAUAUACUUACUGUGGAGGCUACCGACGCUGAUGGGAACAAUGUUGUGUACGAAAUUGUCAACUCGGAUCCAGCCGAUGGCACAGAUUUCUUCUUUCUGAACGCCGAGUCAGGGAAACUGUCUGCUGCAAGGCCUCUCACGGAGACGUCCACCAACACUUUCACUUUCACAGUGGCAGCCUUUGAUGAUGGUAUCCCAUCGCGCAGAAGUGUCGCCAAUGCUCAGAUCACCAUCAACAUUGACAGGAACCAGUUCAAUCCAGUCUUUUUCAACACUCCAUACUCUGUGACCAUUCAGGAAUCAGAAGGAGUUGGAAACAGUAUUAUCCAGGUAACAGCAAGAGAUGAUGACCAGUUUGGCACAGCCUUCUCUAACGUGACCUACUCUCUGAUUGGAGACGACACCAUGCCCAGCUACUUCUCUCUCAACAUUGUGUCCGGAGCGAUCAGCGUCCGGCGACCUUUGACCUCUGACUCGGCCACUGGUUACCAGGGUCGUGUAGUUGCUAGGGACGGAGGAAGCCCAGCUCGUAGCGCCACAGCUGUUGUGUCCAUCACGGUCAUCCGUAAUCUGUUUGACCCGGAGUUUGUGCGGCCCAGCUAUGAGGAGACCAUUCUGGAGACAAGGGUCAUCGGCUCCUCCAUCCUUCAAGUGCAAGCAACGGACUCCGAUUCAAGAUCGCCGUUCAACACGGUGCGCUAUGAGAUCCAGGAUGUGAACAACUUCAACAGGAACUACUUCCAGGUCGACUCCACCACCGGAGUCAUCUCGAUCCGGGCUCCCCUCACAGGCGACCUCAACAGACGCAGCAGUUACACCUUCUCCGUUCUGGCUCGUGACAUCGGCGAUCCUGUGCGAGUGUCUCCUGUUCCAGCAAGCGUGAGGAUUAACGUACAACGUAACCUGAAUGCUCCCGAGUUCCUGAACGAACCGUACUCAACCAGCAUCAACUUCAACGCGCCGCCGGGUUCCUCUGUGUACACUGUCAGCACCAGGGAUGUGGAUUCUGUGGUGCGUGUUUUGGCAAAGGACGGUGGGACGCCCUCCUUGACAGCUACAGCUGUUGUGAAUCUAUUUGUGGCACGUAACCUGCAGGAUCCAGAAUUCCUUCAGCAGAACUACACGUUCACCAUCUUUGAGACUCAGAGUCUUGGAGUUAGCUUCAGUCAGAUCAACGCCAGGGACCCGGACGUUACGUCACCCAACAAUGCCCUCAGCUUCUCUCUGAUUGAUGACGACUUCACUCGAGAGUUCUUUGCCGUUGACGAGGACAACGGUUUCUUCUUUGUGAAGAAGUCUCUCGCGCUUACUUCUCUCAACUCAUUCAAUGGAGUUGUUGCGCUUCAAGAUAACGGAGUCCCACCCAGACUAGCAGCCCGCAGAGCGUUUGUAACAAUCAACAUAAUCCGCAAUGACUUUGCUCCGGAGUUCACAAGUCCGUCUUGCGACGGUGACCUUAGUCAGAAUUUGGGAGUUGGCACCAGUGUGACGUCUGUACAGGCAACAGACGCUGAUGGCACGAGUGGCCAGUUUGGUCAAGUGAUCUACGACAUCAUCGGUGAUGACUCCGCUCCGGUGUACUUCAACAUCAACCAAGUGACCGGAGUAGUGACCAUCGCUACCAACCUGGUUCAAGAGAACAUCGAUACGUACCAGCUGAGAAUUCGUGCCAGAGACAACGGUGUCCCUUUCAAAUUCAGCACCAAGGUGUGUCGUUUGACGAUUACUCGAAACUUCCAACCUCCACGAUUUACCGAACAGACCUACAGUACCGCAGUCCUGGAAACGGUGCCGCUAGGUGAUGUUUUGCUGGCAGUCACUGCCACUGAUAAUGAUCCUCUGCCGCCCAACAACAUUGUCCGUUAUGAGAUCACGGCCGACGCUGAAGACCAGGCCUGCUUUUUGCUCAACGAGAUCACUGGCCAGCUUCUGUUGAGGAGGUCGCUGCUCUACGACCCGUGCAGGGCCAGCUUCUUCUCGAUGAGAGUGAUUGCCCGUGAUCAAGGCCUUCCACAACUGUCCAGCUUUGAGUCAAAUGUGACUGUGACAGUGUUCAGGAACCUGCAGCCUCCACAGUUCAUCAACACUCCAUACGGCGUCACUCUGCCAGAGGACGAAGUCCAGGGACGUCUGGUGUUUACAGUGACCGCGAUAGACAAUGACAACAGGGAUCCAUUCAAUGUGGUGAGCUACAGCAUCAUAGGCGACGACUCCGCCCCGUCUGUGUUCAACAUCACCUCCAGCAGCGGCCAGAUCAGACUCACUCGCUCGAUCCUGCUGGAGUCGGAGACUUCAUACAAGAUCCGAGUCUUGGCCAAAGACGGUGGUAGUCCUUCCUUGACCGCUACAGCUACGGUCAGUGUGGGUGUCCAGAGGAACCUGUUCUCCCCGACCUUCACCCAGCUGGUGUAUGAGGAGACGGUACUGGAGACUCAGUCAUUGGGCGUGGCCAUCGUGACCGUCUCAGCGACAGACGAAGACACCAAGAGCCCCUACAACAUCGUGAGAUAUGAACUCGCCGGUACCACCAACGUCCAGGACUUUUUCGCAAUCAACAGCAUCGAUGGUACAAUUUCUGCCCGCCAGUCGCUGAUUGGGCUAGUAGGCAGUAACACAUACACGUUCACCGUCCGAGCCUACGACUUAGGCAUCCCUGAACGCCAGAGCUUGCAGUUUGCGACUGUUCGCAUUAAUGUCAUCCGUAACUCCAACUGCCCAGUAUUCAGCAACCUUCCCAGCACGGUGAACAUCUCGCAGACUCUGGGGAGUAACGUGAACAUCUUCAAUGUGACUGCUUCUGACGCUGAUCCACCUGGUCCAUACAGCACUCUCACCUACAGCAUCAUCGGGGACGACAACGGCCCGGUGUACUUCCGCAUCAACCGCAACACCGGCGAAGUUUUCACGCAGGCAAAUCUCUUCACCGACAACUCUGCCUCUUACAGGUUGAGAAUUUCUGCGACUGACCAAGGUGGUGUGCAGGCCUGUGACGUCAACAGCAUCUUGACCAUCGUUGUUCGCCGUAAUGAGUUUGCGCCAGUUUGGACUGACCAAGACUUGCUGUAUGAGUCGACAAUUCUGGAGACCCGCAGCGUCCUCAAUCCCAUCCUCAGAGUCCAGGCGACAGAUGCUGAUGUCAGCUUUAUUUUUCAGAAUCCCAACAACGUGGUGAACUACGCCAUACCAACUGGCCUGAAUAACAUUCAGAACUUGUUCACAAUCAACCAAAUCACCGGAGACAUCUUCCUUCGCAGCAGCUUGAUUGGCUCAACACAAGACAGAUAUGAGUUCCAAGUCUCAGUCUUCGACAAUGGCAACCCCACUCUGUUUGGCCCUCAAGCGACGGUCGUGGUGAAUGUGAUCCGCAAUCAGAACCCUCCGAUCUUCAUCAACGAGCCCUAUGAAGCUCAGCUGGCCCAGAACGCGUUCAUCGGAGUCUCGGUGGCUCAAGUCACCGCAACGGACGCAGACACACGGGCACCGUACAAUUCGGUAAUCUAUGACAUCAUUGGUGAUGACUCGGCUCCCAGCUACUUCUCCAUCAACUCAGCGUCUGGUGUCAUCAGCCUGGCCCAGUCGAUCGCCGCUGACCCCACUGAUAAGUACACGAUCCGAGUGCGUGCCCAGGAUGGCGGCAACCCAAUCCUGAGCGACAUCACCAAGGUCGAGGUCACGGUAGACAGGAACCUGUUCUCCCCACUGUUCAGAGACACGUCCUACGCCAACCAGAUCCUGGAGACCCAGGCUGUCGGCUCUGCUGUUGGCAUCCGAGUGGAAGCGACGGAUUCUGACACCACGUCUCCCAACAACGACGUUCGGUACAGUCUCAUCGGUGACACUCUGGAUGAGUUCUACUUCGCCAUCGAUCCGAUCAGUGGUGUGAUCACCGUCAAACGGUCCCUUGCAGACGAGCUCAACAGGAACGUAUCCAUCUUCCAGUUCCAAGCCUUGGCCACCGAUCUGGGCACCCCACAGCGCCAGUCGUCCCCCGUGGAUGUGACCAUCUCCGUGCUGAGGAACCAGUUCCCCCCAGAAUUCAUCAAUGAGCCCUACAACCGAGUCAUUCAGCAAAACGAGCUUGGAGGCUCCAGCGUGUAUCAGACCACAGCUAUUGACAGGGACACUACGAGUCCAUUCAACAGCCUGACCUAUGAGCUGAUCGGUGAUGGGAACACGCCAGCUUUCUUCCAAGUCAACACUGCCACGGGUUUGUUGUCACUCCGCAUCAACGCUGAUAUUGCAUCGGACACUGGUUCUAUCUAUGUGGCUCGUGUGCUGGCCAAGGACGGAGGUGUCCCCUCGAGAACAGCGACGUCCACGGUCUCUGUGAACGUGAUCAGGAACCUCUUCCCUCCUAUCUACAACAACUCUCAAAUCCUGCAGAGAGAAAUCCCAGAGACGACGACUGUGGGUUCCUUCAUUGCCAGACUCUUCGCCUUUGAUGCUGACACUACUGCUCCUAACAAUGAGGUGGUAUACUCCAUCGUUGGGGACGAUCGUGCUUCGGAAUUCUUUUUCGUCAACCCAAACACGGGAGAGAUCACUUUGCUCAAGUCUGUUCAAGAUGUUAACAUCAACUUGUUCAGGAUCCGAGUGCUAGCUCAGGAUGGCGGUAGCCCCUCGCGGUCUGACCAGACGUACGUGGAAGUCACAGUGCGUAGGGAGACCGGCGUCCUGUCCUUCACCUUGAGCAGCUACACGGUGCAGAUCAGCGAGAACACCAACGUCAACGACUUCAUCGUCACAACAGGAGCACAGCCGGGCAACCCGACCUAUCGUGUGCUUGGCUUUAGCCCCGCCCCCAGCUACUUCGGCAUCAACGGAAACUCUGGUGUGAUCACUCUACGCUCCGACUUGAGGCAGGACCCAGCCAGGCUCACUUUCUAUCAGCUGUUGGUGGAAGCUCAGGCUGACACAGGCCUCAGCAUCCAGACGGCCACAGCCGUCGUGAACAUCACGGUCCUGAGGAACGAGAACGGACCGGUGUUCACCUCUGUCAACUAUGCUACGUCCAUCCAGGAUACCAUACCCAUCGGGACUUUCUUGGUCAAAGUGGUGGCCAGUGAUGCUGAUGGCGACAUUAUUGACUACAGCAUCAUCGACACUGUGGACACGAUAUACUCCGACUUUGUCUUCCUCAAUCCACGAACCGGAGAUAUUUCCACGAAGAUCUCCCUUCUCAACACAGAUCUACUGAGGUUUCAAGUGCGAGCCAGUGACCAGAGGAUUCCCGAGAGGACCAGCAUCUCUAACGUGACCAUCAGUGUACGACACGAUGUCUUCGCCCCCGUGUUCCUCAAUGACCCGUACUUCGGCAGCGUCGCGGAGUCGUCGUUCAACGGAACUUCUGUGUCUCGGGCCACGGCGACAGACCAGGACCUUGUGGGAAGUCUUCAGUACGAGGUGCUGCCUGUUGGGGUGGCUCCAGCGUUCUUUACGAUCAACAGAAACAACGGUGUUGUGACUCUCUUUGACCGCUCGGCUCUGCUGGUGGACAGAGCAACUUCAUACGCUCUGUCCAUCAUCGUGUACGACUCUGUGUACCCGAACAACCGCGACACGGCACAGGUGACAAUCAACGUGAUCCGUAACCCGUCGGGUCCAGCGUUCUCUCUGCCCCAGUACGUGACCACAAUCCCGGACACUUUUGAGCUGGGGCAGAGCGUCUUGCAAGUGACCGCCGUUGAUUCUGAUGGUGAUGUUGUGAAGUACGAGCUUGUGGGCGAUGCCCGAGCCCUGGAGUAUUACUACCUGAACCCAGACACGGGUUUCAUCUCUCUCAAGAAGCCUCUGACUGAGGGCGUACAGAUCAGUGACCAGCUGAACCUCCGAGCCCGAGACCAGGGUGUCCCCGAGCAGUUUGACGUGUCUGUGGCCAUCAUCAACAUCAUCCGCGACCAGCAGCUUCCUCGCUUCACCCAGCUGCCGUACCGCGUGACCGUACAGAGGACCGUGCCCGUCAAUUCCACCGUGCUCCGCGCCAGGGCUGAGGAUCUUGACCUGCAGGGAGAAAUCAGGUUUGGUGUGAUCGGCAACUACCCUGCUCCGACAUUUUUCGACAUCAAUGAGGUCACCGGCAAUGUCAUCGUCACCCAAACUCUGGGGCUGGACAGUGUCAAGACCGACACAUACUUUUUGAGCCUCAUCGCCUUCGACAGUGCCUACCCCAGCGUCCAAGCCACUGCCACUGCCACUAUAUCGGUGAACCUCAACCCCAACCCACCCGUGUUCUUCCCCGUGAGCUACGAGAGAGUGGUCAGUGAAGACCUACAGAUCGGCUCCAGUAUCGUGGAUGUGAAUGCCACUGACUUGGAUCCUUUUGACGUGAUCAAGUAUCGACUGAUCGGAGACGUGGAGGACAACGAGUUCUUCUUCCUCAACUCCGACACGGGCUUCAUCUCCUUGAAGAGCCCGCUAACGCUUUCCGGUUCCAACCAGUUCAGGUUCAGCGUUGAGGCAAGCGAUCAGAGCAACCCGGAGAGAACUGCGACCAGCAACGUUAUCGUGACUGUGGUUAGGGAUGAGUCACCUCCCUUCUUCAUCAACACGCCUUACUCGGCCAGCACCCUGGAGACAGCUGCCCUCGGCACGACCUUCUACAGGGUCACGGCCUCUGAUGCUGACCUCAGGGGCACCAUCAGGUACGAGGUGACCGGAGACUUCCAGGCAGAGUUUUACUUCAACGUAGACUCUGUCAGUGGCUCCGUGUUUGUGCAGGAGGACUUGAAGCAAGACCUAGCCACAUCAUACACUCUUCGGGUGAUUGCCUACGAUGAUGCCUCACCAAACAGGGUUGCUACGGCAACCGUACCCAUCUUUGUGACUCGUAAUCCAAACGCUCCAACGUUCGUGAACGGCCCGUACUCUACAGUGAUCCCUGAGACAUACAAUCUGGGCAACCUCGUCAUUCAAGUGACCGGCACGGACCGAGACGGGGAUGAUCUCCGCUACAGCCUUCUGUCCACCGGGUCACUUAACAGCGACAAGGCUCUGGACUAUUUCUACAUCAUUGAGCAGACCGGCGCCAUCUCACUGAAGAGACCGCUCACCGACGAUGUUGACCAGGACACCAGCUUUAACUUCAUUGUCCAAGUGAGGGACCAGCGAGUGAACGAAAAAACCGCCGACGCCUCGGUGACCGUCAGUGUGAUAAGGAAUAGGUUCCUCCCUAACUUUGUGGAGUUGCCGUACAGAUUUGGCCUAUCUGAGAACACACUUGUAGGCUCGCUGGUGUACGAGGUGACCGCUGUGGAUCAGGAUCUGGUGGUAAGUGAUGAUUGA